CCCCUUUCCUUCCCCCAUUCUUUUUUGGAUACCUAACUUACAUCUUCGAAAAUUAAUCUGAUAGAUUCUUUCCUUAAGAGGGACGGAUGAGUCUAGAUUCUCCAGAAGUUUUACGAUUAAUCUUGGAACGACAUCGUGUUACCCAAAAGGAAAUCCCCACGCUCCUUAAUUCUCACACGCAAUUACACAUACAUAAUCGAUAGAGUAAUUAGAGAGAGAGAGAGAGGGAGAGAGAGGAUGGUGGUGAUUGAACCAGAGCCAACUCAAACCCAAACUCCAACUGAAGAAGAGAAGCAAGAUUCAAAAUUUUCAAAUCCGUCCAGAAAAUCAAAAUCACCUGUAGAUUCGAGCGACGAUACCGCAACGGUAGGGGUGUCCGGCUACGCCUCCGACGGCUUUGAAACGGCUAGUGAAAGCGAAAUUAAUGACGGCGAUGAACAUGAGCAACAGCAACAAAAUAAUCAGCAGCAACAUGAAGAACAAUCUGUGCAUGUGCCCCCAAAUGAAGAUGAACUCAACCAGAAAGGUUUAGCACAAGCAAAUGAUGCAAAAUUGGAAGGCAAUAAAUUGUUUGGAGGUGGACAGUACGAAGAGGCUUUGUUAAAGUAUGAUCUUGCUUUACAAGUCGUACCAGAGAUACCAUCAUCUGCUGCAACACGCUCAGCAUGCCAUGCAAACCGUGCUGCAUGUUUCUUUAAAAUGGAAAAAUAUGAGGACACAAUCAAGGAAUGCACAAAAGCAGUGGAACUAAAUCCUACAUAUUUGAAAGCGCUGGUUAGAAGAGGAGAGGCUCAUGAAAAGCUUGAACACUAUGAAGAGGCUAUUGCUGAUAUGACAAAAGUUUUGGAAAUAGAUCCAUCACAUGACCAGGCUAGGAGAGCUAUUUUGCGUUUGAAGCCAUUGGCUGAUGAAAAGCGUGAAAAGAUGAAGGAAGAGAUGAUAGAAAGAGAUGUGAUCUGGAGCUCUUCAUAA